UCUUCAUUGCAAUGAGAAAGGAUAUUUAAAUGUUGAUUUUUUUAAUGUCUCACUUGCCUUUCCUCAUUUGCUCUCACUCCUCUCUAGAUUCACCAUCUCAGAAUAAGGCCCCUGUGGACACACGGAGACACACGGUCCUGGAUCAAGCUCCUCCCGUCUCUGUCGACGCUUCACCCCAGCUUGCAGCCUCUGUCCCUGGUCGUGAUCAGGAUGUGGCUCAGUGGCUCUCAGCAGCAGAGGCUGUGGAUGAAGGCGGAGCUAGAGGGGUUGGGGCUGUGGCCAGGGUCACGUCCAGUACGCCACCUGAUGAACAUGCCGUCUCUGUGGCGUCAUCCACCUCAAGCGGAGCUCAUUGACUCGAUCUCUGACCUGCCGUCCCCGAAGUAUUUCCAGCUUCACCCUUUUUUCAUCUGGAAGCCGGAGCACGCGCUCAUGGAGAGGGUGAGGAACAAUUACGUGUUGCCCUGUCUCCACGGUUGUCCUAACCCUCAUGUCACUUCGUCUGGAGUUGGGAGGCCCAGAGUCAUCAUCGGCACCAGCAGCCAGGACUACAUUUUAGCCUCACGACUCGCGUGCAGGGGCUGUAAGAAGAACUGACGAGCCCCAGUGGCUGGAGAUGCUACUGCAGCGCUUCCGUGACAUGGUGCCGACUUUCUGACGCACAAAAAGGCCGUCUGCAAGUCAGUGAUGGACGAGAUGAGGCGCAGCGGUAGGUCACCGGAGGACAUGGCCAAGCAGCUGACGGAGACGCUCCAUCUCAAGUCCGAGAGAGCUCACCUGGCCUACCUGCUGAGCGUGCAGAACGUCAGGGAUGCUGAGGCAGGGCUCUCCGGCCAGAGAACCAUCACUGGGCUCCUCAGACAGGCCGACGCUCCAGAGGCAUUUGGUGGCUACUCCGAUGCUGACGGCUGGUGUGGAGUCUCCAUUUAAUCCCACCUCACUCUGCUGCUGCAGGGGAGCUUCAGACGGGCGCUGAGGUCCGACCACACCCGCAAAGUGGCGAGGAAGGUGGUGCUCCCAUCCGGCACCGUGUCAUCAUACGCCGUGAUGAACGAGAACUGGAUGAUCCUGAGCUGAUGCUGCAGUCAGAGUGGACCGGUCCCUUCAUGCCAUGUAUGAGGGUCUGAGUCAACGCUACACUGCAGCUGCAGUGGAGAAGGCCGGCUUCCAGCAGAAACAUCUGGAGAGCUGUUUACAACUGAUGUCCUGGACAGGGAGACAGUAGCCCGAUACAGGUUGAUGGUGAUUGGCAGUGAUGGGCAUCCGACUCAGCCUUUGUCAAGCUCCGUGUUUGUUAAUGUUCUCAUUGGAGAUAUUAACGACCACCGGCCCCAGUUUAUGAACAGCCCCUAUGUGGCCUACGUGCCCACUGAGAUGGCUCCAGGAGAAAUGUGUGAGCACUUCAUAAACCACUGUCGAUCGACCCCUUGUGUUCAGGGUAGCUGCAGCAAUUCACAGAGGAUUCUCCUGUCAUUGUCCCUUUGGAGUCACUGGAGUCCACUGUGAGGAGCACAGUUAUGGCUUUGAGGAGCUGUCCUUCAUGGAGUUUCCCCCGUUGGAUCGCAGAACUAAUUUGAUCUCUAGAGUUUGCUCCAGUGCAGAGGAACUCCCUGCUCCUGUACAACCCUGGAGGAGUAUCCAGCAGGGAGUUCAUUGCACUGGAGAUACUGAAUGGGGCCAUCCAUCUCUCUUAUGACCUGGGCCCAGGACCCGUGAGGCUGCAGACACACAAGCAGGUGGCCGAUGGAUUUUUCCAUCGUGUCACUGCCAGGAGGAUUGGGAACAUGGGUUCUUUGCAUGUGGACAACUGCACAGAUAUUGAGAACAAUGGAUUUUGCUUUUCACAAAGUGAUGGCAAUAGCUUAAAAAGAACACUAGAUGUUGGCAGUAAUAUGACGUUGGGAGGAACAAGGACUUUUGAAUCCAUCUUACUGCUUCCUGCUCAGAUAAAAACCCAUGACUUUGUUGGAUGUAUUCGUAACAUUUAUGUGAAUGGCAUCCUGCUGAGCCCUUCAAAGGCCCUUGCAAAAUAUAACAUCCUUGAUAGGUGUCCGAGAACAACGCCAGCACCAUGUCACAGCAACCCAUGUAAGAACAGCGGCUUGUGCCAUGACCUUUGGUCUGACUAUCUUUGUGAAUGCAAAAGUCCGUUUACUGGAAGAAGCUGUGCUAAAGAAAUGUCAGAGGAGCUUGUUUUGCGAUUUCAUGGGAAUGACUACAUUGAGUAUGUCAUCAAGGAGCGGUUUAAGAGAGACUACCUGCUAAAAGACUUGUUGGAGGAUGAAAAAGAGGGAAACACCAGAGACCAAAGUGGGAUUAAUAUCAAGCUCAAGACCCAAGAUAAUGGAGUGUUAAUAUUUGUUGUUGGACAGACAGGACACACUAUGCUUGAAAUAAAAGACAGAAAGCUUGUGUACACUUACAAAGACACACUGUCAGAACACCUGUCAGAGUUCACUGGACUCCCCCGUGGCCGACGGCUUUUGGCAUGUCCUCCUGGCUCAGCAGUGGACAGAACACAUUUCUGCUUCUGGAUACUAAAUCCAUCUUGAACAUCACCGGCCGCGGUACGGAUCUCACACCUGUUCGUGUGGAAAAGAUAAUUUUUGGUGCUGCUCUGACAGGUGAUUCAAACCUCCAACAGUUAGGUAAAUACACUCAAACUUGUUUAAUUGAGCAGCAUAUACCCACGCUCACUACAUACAACACAGACGGUGUGAAAGCUGAUCCUAAACGGUGGGGAGCUUUGAGGAUGAUGUUAGCAGGGUAUGGGAAAGAACGCUCCAGUGAAGAGAGGCCAAAAAAGUCCUUUGGAACUUCAAGAUGUGGCUUUCCCAAACAAGCAGUUGUUGACGAACAAUGAUGCAGAGCAGUCCCAGCAAACACAGACGUGUUACAUUAAGAAGCUCCGACAACCAGAGUUCCUGGAACCUGCACAAUGCCUUACUUUUGAUGAAAUUAGUCAAAUAAACACUCCUCUGGAACAAACAUUGUCACCUCGAGCAUCCCUAAGGCCUGAACCUGCCAAUCACACCACGAUGAUCGGUGCCUCAUCUGAAAGUGAAACAGCACAUUCACCUGCUCAGAGUCUGAGUGUGGACAGUUUUCUCUCAUCAGCACCAGGAAAUAUAUACAAGACCAGUCAUCCCUGUCAGCGAGCAGCUUCAGACACACCUGUCAUUCUGCUGCAGGUCAGCAUGAAGCUGAGAGUGCUGCCUCCAGUUUGUUUGAGCAAUGGGAACAUAUUUUAGAUAAUAUGCAGCUACCUUUCAGCAGCUAUGCUCCUGUAUUUGAGGAAAUAGCAUGUCUACCCACUGACCCCCGUCAUACCAAUGAUAUUUAAAGGAACAACGAGGAGAUUAUUUGAUGGCCAUUUCGUGUUGUGAAUGAGUCAGGUGGAAACAUUUUAAAUAUUUUGGCAGUCUGUUACUUUAUUGAAAUUAUUUUAGUACAUCAAAAUGUAUUUGAAAUGUUAAUUAAAGUAAAUUAUAUGUUUUAGUUUGAACUUUGACCAGGCAGUGAAAGUGAUUUUCAUAUCUUCUGAGCAGCUAGAAGAUGUAUCGAGUGAUGAUGCUUAAAUGUUUAAAACCCAUAUCAAGACAA